UUCUCUUGCUGCCGUCAUGCCCGUCACUACUGCCUGAAUUCACACCCACGGAUGCGAUGGUGUCAUUAGCGGUGGGAACAUACGGAACAUCUCCAAGUCCUUGUACCAUACAGACAUCGUACAACUCCUCGUAAUUCGCUAUUCACUAUGAAGCAGCAACCGCAAGAAGGACCAAUGCAGCUCGACGUCAAAAAUUACCCCGUCGCACCAGAAGGGCUGGACCUGGAGCAGGUGUACAUAUACGUGAGGCACGGCGAACGUACGCCCGUCAGAGUGCGCAUGUCUGAUCCUCCAGCGUCCAUACCAGCAGACUGGCAGAUGUGCAACACUGCGAAAAGCUUCCACGAGACUGUAGCUGGAUAUAGUUCUACCGUGGAUGAUGGGUUGUGGUAUAAGCAAGUGGUUGAGAACAGGCUUGGCAAAACAGCCGAAGGUUUAUGUCUCUUAGGGGAGCUCACGGAUAUUGGAAAACAGUCCACGUAUGCUUUUGGCGCGGCAUUGCGAAGUCUCUACAUAGACAGGUCUACGAACAUCGCGCGGACGAUCGAGUCCCUACAGCACAUAGUCCACGGAGUAUACCCUCCAUCCGCUUGCGCUCCAGAUACCAUACCCGCCAUCAUCAUUCGUAAUGGGAUCGACGAGAAUCUCGUCAGCAAUACCUUAGCCUGCAAGCGACUGGCGAUUCUAGAAUUACAGUUUGCACAAGCUGCGGUUGCUACUUGGAACUCGCGAUUAGAGCCCUUGGAUAAAAAGGUCUCCAAGUAUAUAAGCGGCAAACCGUUACGCCUUGAUGGAAUUCCUCGAGCGUCGGGGAUUCUUGAUACGGUAUUCAAAUCAGAAGAAGGCCGCCGUCUAGGAAUGGGCCGCCUCCUGUCAGACGUCUCCCAAAAAAUGCACAACAAAGCCCACCCCAACCUCACUUCUAAAUCCGAAGACUCUGCAAAGCUCCUUGUGCACACUACGCACGACUCGACGCUUGCAGCGUUGCUCUGCACAUUCGAUGUAUUCGAUGACAAGUGGCCACCGUUCACUUCAUCAGUAACAUUCGAGCUCUUCCGAAAACGAAUCCCGCCUUCACAACAAACCAAUCUCCAGCGUGCGCUUUCGUCAGUUUGGAGACGCGACGAGCAUUACGUCCGUAUGCGCUACAAGAACAAAAACAUGGUUCUCCCUAUGUGUGCCUCCGAGGGAAAGCAUCUACCUGGUUCGCCAGAGUUUUGCACUCUGGAUGCGUUUCGGAAGAGGGUGGAUGAGUUGACGCCUAGGGAUUGGGUUGGGGAGUGUUUUCCGAGGACGUGAACUGAUGCUGGCAUGUUGCUUGGUAUUUAUUAUUUACCCUUGCUUUUGUGUGGAGAGACGAUCUAAAUUUUGUGUGUUGGUAGUUGGCUUUGUUAUAGAGACGCCUCGACGCCUCGCUGGACGAGAAAUAGACCAUAUCCGUACCCUCGACUGACCUGCUCACUUCCAUGCUCCUAAGA